GCAGACGCGGCAUGGCGGCCCCCGAGAAAGCCGAGCGUGGGAAGGGGAGCGCCGAGAUCCGGACCCCCACCGCCGCUCUCAAGCAGACGAGCAAAGAUGAAUCUGAACUUCUCACUGUUCCUGAUGGAUGGAAAGAGCCAGCCUUUACAAAGGAAGAUAAUCCCAGAGGGCUUCUGGAAGAAAGCAGCUUUGCAACUCUUUUCCCCAAAUACAGAGAGGCUUAUCUGAAAGAAUGCUGGCCCCUAGUACAGAAAACUUUGAAUGAACAUCACUUAAAUGCAGCUUUAGACCUAAUUGAAGGAAGCAUGACUGUCAGCACAACAAAGAAGACAUUUGACCCAUAUAUAAUCAUCAGAGCCAGAGAUUUAAUAAAGCUCCUAGCAAGAAGUGUUCCAUUUGAGCAGGCUGUACGCAUCCUUGAAGAUGACGUUGCAUGUGACAUCAUUAAAGUAGGGUCCCUGGUCAGAAACAGAGAAAGAUUUAUAAAAAGAAGACAGAGGCUUAUUGGUCCCAAUGGAUCUACUCUCAAGGCUCUAGAACUGUUAACUAACUGCUACAUCAUGGUUCAGGGGAACACUGUUUCAGCUCUUGGACCCUUUAACGGCUUAAAAGAGGUUAGGAAAGUAGUUCUGGAUACAAUGAAGAAUAUUCAUCCCAUAUAUAACAUCAAGACUCUGAUGAUUAAAAGAGAGUUGUCAAAAGAUCCUGAAUUAAGAUUGCAGAGCUGGGAACGGUUUUUACCUAAAUUCAAACACAAGAAUUUGAAUAAACGGAAGGAACCAAAGAAGAAAAAUGUCAAGAAGGAAUAUACUCCCUUCCCACCUCCACAACCAGAAAGUCAGACUGAUAAGGAAUUGGCAACUGGUGAAUAUUUCUUGAAAGAAAGUCAAAAGAAGCGUAAGAGAGUAGAGGAGAUAAAGGCAAAACAAGCAGAGGCACUUAGUAGGAGACAAGAGGAGAGAAAUAAAGCUUUUAUUCCACCCAAGGAAAAGCCAGUUGUAAAACCAAAGAAAGCUUCUGCUGAAACAAAAAUUGACAUUGAAGCUAUUAAAGAAAAGGUUAAAAAAGCAAAGAAGAAGAAGCUGGGUGCACUUCCAGUAGAAGAAGUUAAGUUAAAAAUUGCAGUGGAUGAUAAGAAGAAGAAGAAAAAGAAAUGAUCUUUGAAGUUGUUGUGCUGAGCUGUUUCCAAGGAGGAAGAUUCCAUAAACUCCAGAUUUAUAACUGACUUUAUUUAUGUUGUCAUAUUUCUGCUGCAAAUCAAAAACCAUAAGCCUCACAUUCUCUAAUGGUUGAAAAACAGCAGUUCCCAGGCUUACAUAAAGUAAAAUGGACAGCUUAUUCUGUUGCAUUCUGAACCAUACGAGUAAUGUUUGCAGAUUUACAGUAUCCAUUAGAAUAAGCUGGUGAUUUAAUGCUUUUUUGGCAUGAAGAUUUCUAGCAUAUACACAACAACCACAGGGGGGGAUUUGUACAAUGUAUGAAUAUUGCCAGGACAUAUUUGACAUUAUUUGUGAUAUUGUUGUAUAUGAUUCUGUUGUAUGUGAUUGCUGCUCUGAUAAAUUGCAAGAGGAAAUAGGUUUUCUUUGGAAAGGUGUUAGCACAAAUGUAACCUGUUUUCUAUUUUAGGUCUACCAAGAUUACAUAAAGUAUUUUGUAUAUAUGUU